AUGAGCGGAGAACUAAAGAUUAUUGUAGCAGGACCUUUAAGCUGCGGCAAGUCUGAAAUAGCAAACAUCCUCUCUAACGCAUCGAAAGGCUACACAGGAAAUUAUACACCAACAAUCGCAGUCAGAAUCCUCGAAUUUUCAAGUGCAUUAGAUAUUAAUGGCAUGCAAACAUCUAUUGAUAUUCAAUUAUGGGAUACUAGUGGUGAUGAAAAAUAUUCACUUACAUGGCCAGCAAUUGCUAAGGACGCUGAUGGUAUGUUAUUAGUAUAUAAUGGAUACAAGAAGAAAGAUGCUCAAGCUAUCGAAAGAUACUGCCGCGAGCUUGGUAAGGAACUUAGCUCUAAGCAAGUCUUAGUUGUUGCACAUAAGAUUGGCGAGUCUGAAGAUAAGAUAGCUUCUCCAAAGCUUCCAAAGGGCUUUGAACCAAAGAUUGUUGCUGCUGAUGCUAAGAACAACUUCAAUGAAUUCCAAGAGAAGUUUGAAACCUUUGCUGCAGAGUGUUAUCAGAUGAAGCUAAAGAAGAUUGAAGAAAAGGAGAAACAAAUGUUAGGCGAAACAGUUCAGAAGAAAGUUAAGAAAAUGGUUGAACCAAAGAAGGAAGAAAAAACAGCAGAAGGAGACAUUUCUCCUGAAGAGGAUGAAGCAGAUGCAAUUCCUCCUCCAUCAAAGCCAAAGAUUGCCGAUGAUUAA